UUAAAUAUCUAAUCAAAUCUCAUAUUUUAAUUUGCAAAAAAAAAAACAAAAAAAAAAACAACAAAUUCGUUAAUAUCCCCUCCAUAAAUAACUAAGCGCCAGCUUCAACCCUUCCGUUUCGAGAGAAUUCCAUUCGACAAUGGAAUCAAGUUUCAUAAUUCCAUGUCUUCUUCUACUUCUCUUGCAGUUUCUUUGUCUCGCCGCCGGCCAAGUAAACUAUUUCCCCAUUUUCCGAUGCAGAGACGACGGCAAUUUCACGAGAAACUCCACAUACGAAACAAAUCUCAAAACCGCCUUCGCUUCCCUCUCCGCCACCGCAGCAACAGGCUACGGCUUCUACAAUACCUCCGCCGGCGUAAGUCCAAACGCAGUCACCGCCAUCGCUCUCUGCCGCGGCGACGUUGGAUCGGAAACCUGUAGGGAUUGUAUCAGAAACUCGAUCGUCCUGCUAAGACAGAACUGUGCUAACCAGUUAGAAGCCUUAAUUUGGAGCUCGAAUUGUUCAGUACGCUAUUCAAAUCGUACUUAUACUUCAGUUGUCGAUGUUCGACCUAACGCCAGAGUGUCGAGCUCUAUUAAUGCAUCCGACAUCGACGUUUUCGAUAAGGCGUUGAGAAAUUUAGAAGGAAGAUUACGGGUGGAAGCUGCCGGAGGAAAUUCCCUUCGGAAGUUUGCAACCGGAGAUGUUGGUUUCGGGCCAGAUUCGUCGAAGAUUUAUGCUCUGAUGCAAUGUUCUCCGGAUUUAUCUUCUUUUGACUGCAAUUCGUGCUUGUCGGUUGUAUAUAGGGAAUCUCAAGGCUGCUGCGAUGGCGAAAUUGAUGUCGGCGUUUUUUAUCCGAGUUGUUCAGUUAGGUAUUCGAAUGCGUCGUUUUAUAAUGAUCCUCCGGCAAUCAAGCUGCCGUCUCCGCCUCCGUCUUCACCAGAAUCGCCGGCAAUUCCGGGAGGAACAGGAAAUUCACGAAAGAGUAUUUACGUCAUCGUUCCUGUUGCAUGUGUUUUGGGUGGGAUACUCGUAAUUAUCGGGUUAUGUUUAUUUAUAAAAAGAAGGCGAAAGAAUAAUAUUAAAGAUGCUGCCAAAAAAGAAAGUGGGACUGCGUUUUCGUCUCUAGUUAUGAACGAAAACCAAAACAACAGCGCUAAUUUAGCACAAGCUGGGUCAGCUGAAAUGGAAAUGGGUGCAGUAGGAUCUUUACAAUUCGAUUUGUUCACCAUUGAAGCAGCCACCAAUAGUUUCUUUGAUGGAAACAAAAUUGGUCAAGGCGGGUUUGGUCCAGUUUAUAAGGGUGUUCUAGCCAAUGGGAUGGAGGUGGCAGUAAAGAGACUAUCAAAAUCAUCUGGACAAGGUUCACAAGAGUUUAUAAAUGAAGUCAUUUUAAUGGCAAAGCUUCAACAUCGAAAUCUCGUGAGGCUUUUAGGGUUUUGCCUUGAUGCUGAUGAAAAAUUACUCAUCUAUGAAUACGUAUCCAAUAAAAGCCUCGACUACUUUCUCUUUAGUAAGCCAAAACACCAGAUCCGAUUUAUUUUUUACAAACUUUUUUGUACGAAUUUGUUUGUGUCUAAUGUAUAUUUUUUUAAUACAGAUCCAAAUAGACAUGGGCAGUUAGAUUGGCCGAAACGAUAUAAAAUCAUAGGAGGGAUCACUAGAGGAAUGCUUUAUUUACAUGAAGAUUCAAGAUUAAGAAUCAUUCAUCGUGAUUUGAAGGUUAGCAAUAUUUUGCUAGAUUUUGAUAUGAACCCUAAGAUUUCUGAUUUUGGUCUAGCGAGGAUUGUUGGAGUGGAUCAAAUUGAAGUAAACACCAAUCGAAUUGUUGGAACAUAUGGUUACAUGUCCCCUGAGUAUGCGAUGCAUGGACAUUUCUCUGUGAAGUCGGAUGUAUUUGCUUUUGGCAUUGUGGUCCUUGAGAUCAUCACUGGGAAGAAAUGUUCACGCUUUUAUAAUGAAGAUGAUCACCAAGAUCUUUCACAUUUUGCUUGGAAAAGCUGGAUUGAAGGAAGAGCAAUGGAGCUUGUGGAUCCAACAAUUGUCGAAACUUGCUCUGAAGAUGAAGUUAUGCGAUGCAUCAACAUUGCAUUGCUAUGUGUGCAAGAAGAUGUGGAUGCAAGGCCUUCAAUGGCUUAUGUUUUAAACAUUCUCAACAAUUACUCCAUCGAUCUUCCAACUCCCACAAGAACUCCACAUUAUCUUCCUAAAAGACAUGACUCAUAUUCUUCAAAUAGUAAGUCUGUUUCUAAGUCAACGGAUGAAUCACUGAUCACUAAUGUAUAUGCACGGUAACAAUUACUUGCAAGUUUUUUACUAUCAAUUCAUGCCAUUCUUUAUACUUUCA